CAUUUCAAUUCAAAUUCAAGUUUGAGGUUUGAGGUCAGGAGUAAUCGCGAUGACUUCGAAAGCUGAGUUUCGGACUGUAAUGGUUGAAGGAAAUAUAGGCUGCGGAAAGUCGACAUUUUUACGUUUCUUCCAGCAGCUGUCACCUAAAACUGAAGUGCUACAUGAACCUUUAUACUUAUGGAAAGAUGCUCGCGGCUACGACUUAUUUGUAAUACUCGAAAUUUUCACAGUUUCAUAUGUUUAGGAACUUAUGUAUCAAGAUGCAUCUCGUUGGUGUGUUCCUUUUCAGGCCCAAGUUUUAGUGACACUGCUAGAUCGUCAGUCAAAACUGCCGACGAAACCAGUACGUCUCCUUGAAAGGUCCAUCUAUAGUAGUCGAUAUUGUUUCACAGAAAAUAUGCAUAAUAAUGGCAGUAUUUCAGAUGCUGACUAUGAAGAACUCGUUCGUAUAUUUCAAUGGGUAAUUAAAAAUAAAAGUAUACCUAUUGAUUUAAUCGUGUAUCUUCGUGCCAGUCCAACUGUAUGCAUGGAGCGUAUACGAGCCCGUAAACGUUCUGGUGAAGGCGACAUUCCUCUAGAAUACUUGGAAGAAUUGCAUAAACUUCAUGAAUCCUGGUUAAUAGAACGACGUUUUGGACCACUCCCUGCUCCGUUAUUAGUUUUUGAUUGUAAUGCAGCAUUACCUGAACUUUUGUCAGAGUAUCGAUCACACAAAGAAGAAGUGAUGUGUGGUAUCCAGUUUGAAAAGGCGAAAUACUUCAUAUCAGGAUUGAGGUUUUCCCUUACUCUACCUUCGAGUAAAUCUUCUCAAGAGUAUGAUUAUACUGUACAAAAAGAUCAUAUUAAUCAGUGCCAAAUGAAAGCAACCUUUCCUAAUGGGAUUGAUCACAACUUGAACAGUGUUUGCAAUGACAAUCCACAGUCAUCAUAUAUUGAGUUGUCAACCACUAACUCAUCUACAAUAAGCCAGAACUAUUCGUCAGAUUCACUUUCAAAUCGUAUGUCAGGAACCUGUAAUGGAUCUUGUGGAAAAUCUGUGUCUACAUUUAUCCCUUUAAAUGUUUCCACUGGAAGUCGAGAAAAUCAUUUUUCUCAGUCUAUCACAUCAUUAAAUACUGCUGUAUUAAACAACGGCAAUAAUCAUACUUCUAAUAAUAAUAAUAAUAAUAAUGACAACAACAGCAAUAUUAAUGUUCAUCAAGGGAAAUACAACUAUGGACUAGAUUCUGCAUGUAAUAACACAAUGAAUUCUACAGACUCAACAACUUCAAUUCAUCCCAAAGUAGUAAACAGCUGUAAUAAUUAUAAUAAUAAUAAUGACAAGGAUAAAAGUCAGCGUAAUUUUUCAAACACUCUGACACCGUUAUCAUCUACAUCACCAUCAUCGUUAUUGCCCUCAACGCAUUUACCAGUGAAAAGUACAAAUUGUUCAUCUGAAAAAAUUGUUAAAUCUACUCAAGAAGAUCAAUUAUUCGCAUGUGAAAGUAAUUCAUGUCACAGUAAACUGGAUUCAUCACCUAAUCACUUACUUUCAUCUGAUUCAGUAUAUUUACCAUUAGAUUUAUCAAAAAAUAGAACGAAUACUAAUGAUGAUAAUAAAAUACAAAAGUUGCCAGGAAAGAAUACAGUGGGAAAGCCGUAUAGUACAGAAAAACAUGAAUCGUCAAGAUUAUCACCAAAUGAUACAUUAUUAUCUUCAAGGAAUUUUAUUCCGUUAAAUAAAACUAUUCAUCGUUCACAUUCACCAACAAAUUCUUUGCAUAAUUCAAAGGCCAAUGCAACCUCAAAACCCCUAAAAGAAAGCCUUAUCGACGGUGUCCAUUUAAUAGUUGAUGAUGACGAUAAUGAUGAUGGUGAUGAUGGAGGAGAGGAAGAAGAAGUAGACGUAUUCACGGAAGGAACUGUUCAAACAACAAAGUUAAUUCAUCCCUUGGAAGACGAUUUACAGCUUCAACCUCAAGAAAGUAAUAUAACUCACCAAAAUGGGAGUAGUCAUGUCAACAUGGGAAAGCCAUUGAUGAACAGUAAUUAUGAUGAUAAUGCUGGCUGUCAGUAUUCAAGUUCAAUACUUCGGAAAGAUUUCAAGUCUUCUGAAUUAUGUUCAAGUUUGAAUACAAAUCAAACGAAUGAAAAUUCACAUGAUAAUAUCAUCGCUACGAAAUCUGAAAAAUUGACACAAAUAAAUCAUGAUCUAAGACUGCCUAAUGGACAUAAUAACAUUCCUCCUGAAUUGUGUGAUUCAGUAACUCCCAUUUCUGAUGGAGAGACCAAUACUAUUAAUAGUGGCGCACCACUACCUGUUACACAAGAUGCUGGUACAUUAACCGACUGUAUACCGUCGAUAUCUUCAUCAUCAACACAACCAUGUUGUUCAGAUUGUUGUAAACAAAAACAGUUUUUAGAGAAGAUGUUUUUAUACUUUGAUUUAUGUCUAGAAGAGCAGUCUAUGCUCAUUGAACUACAAUCAAAAAGUAUGCUAUCUCUGGUAAACGAAGUUUGUGAAUUAAAAUCUUGGAAAGAGUCAGUUAUGGGAACAAUAUCAGCAUUUAUUCAUCAAUCAGCUAACUUUCCUCCUAAUUCCGGUCAAACUGAUAAUGAUAAUUGUACUAGUCAAAACCCUUUAACUUAUCAGUCAUCAGAUGAAUGCUCAUCGAAUACGCUGAUGAAUUGUGCUGUUUCCUCCACAACCACACCAAUUGAAGAGAAUGGAGAAGCAGGAAAUACUGAAGGAAUUAUCACAAAUGAUAUUGAAAGUGAUCUACAGAGCCAUGCACACAUAGAUACACAUGAAGAAAAUCACAUUAUAAGUAAUUAUUCCAGAUCUAUUGAUAAUAACGCUGCAAAUGACCAACUUCCAAAUGAAAUUCGCAAGUCACAACAAAGAGUUUCAACCAUAAAUAAUAGUACUACAGAAUGCUCAGAGAUAUCAGAAUUACAACAUACUCUACGCGUUAAUCAUAAUAAUGAUAAUGAUAAUAAUAAUAAUAAUAAUAACAGAAUAAAUAAUGAAAGGAGUAAUUCAUCUUCUAAUGAUGAUCACAAUAAUAAUUUUUAUCAUAAUAACACAUCCACAGAAUGCAUAAUAUCAAUGCAUACUUCCAAUGCAAUAGAGACUAAUCGUCAAGGUAGUGGUAGUCGUAGUGAUGUUCAAUACAGUAAUGCUACAAAUAGUCCUGUUGAUGUAGAAGAUUCUCCUAAUGAUGAUGAUGAUGAAGAUAAUAAUAAUAUAGAACAUGUAAGACAAGUUCUCAUACAGGCUAUGAAUUUAGAUGCUUCUGUUGAUGACGAAGUGGAUACAAGUCAUGAUAAUAGUGGUUGA